AGUGUGUACGGCAACUGCAGUCGUCGGCUCGCCGUCCGUUGGCGCAUAGGUUCUCGUCUGACGCAUAAUAAUAUAUAGGUUCUCGUCGGGCGCAACAGCGGUCAUCGCGAUCAGGUCCGUGUAGGAAUAUCGGCCGACCCGAGCGCGAUAUCCACAUCACAAAUAAAUAACGCCGGCCGGUGACGGGCGCGAUAAUAUUAUACCGACAGGACGCGGUCGCGUUCGGCUGUGUUCCGUCUCGUCGCAACGCGCGAAAAUCACCGUCAUGAAAGUGCAACACGCCGAGGAAGCGUUCGGCUCGUCGUCGGCCGGACGCUACGGCGGCAACGCGACCGACACGUCCACGUCCUUCGGGGUGUCGUGCCGGAGUCGCGAAGACGGCGUUAACGGCAGGACGUGUUGCGACCGGUCCGCGGCAAAAACCUCCGUCUCCGUGACCGACACGUUCGAUCGGAGUGACGCCGCCACGGUCGGCCGUAUCGACGACGGCUGUCAGAACUGCACGGCUGAACAGCGGCGCGUCCGAAAACCUCGCCGCCGGUCCGGAUCGUGGCCGAGAACACGGUCGUUGAAUGCUCCUAGCCCCGUCCAACAGUUUGGACCAUGCGGCCGUAUCAUGAAAACCUCUGCAUUAAUCACAACAAUUCAAGAUCCAGCCAGUCAGCGCUUGACAUGGUACAAAAAUCCUUUAUCUGUAUUGGUGAUAAAAAAAGUAAGAGACAUGUCUGUUUUACCACCGUUCAUAGAACUCGUCAGAUGGCUAAUACAGGAAAAAAGCAUGAUAGUAUUUGUAGAACAUUCUGUAAUGGAAGACACAAUGCUCUCUAGUAACUCGGGCUUCAUGGAAAUACGAGAGAAAUUAAACUCUUUUCAAGAUGGUAAAGAUGAUUUAACGGAUAAAAUAGACUUCAUUAUUUGCUUAGGCGGAGAUGGUACUCUGCUCUAUGCUAGUCUAUUGUUUCAGCAAUCUGUACCACCAGUUAUGGCAUUCCACUUAGGCUCCCUGGGUUUUUUAACACCUUUUAAGUUUGACAAUUUUCAGCAGCAAGUGACUAAUGUACUUGAAGGACAUGCUGCAUUAACAUUACGCAGUAGACUUAGAUGUAUAAUUGUUAGGAAAAACGAAGAUAAAGAAAAGCCUCAGCCAAAUUUACUUGUACUUAAUGAAGUGGUUAUUGACCGUGGACCAUCACCAUACCUUUCAAAUAUUGACUUGUUUUUAGAUGGGAAAUACAUAACAUCUGUCCAAGGAGAUGGUUUGAUUGUCUCGACACCGACUGGAAGUACUGCAUAUGCAGUUGCAGCAGGUGCAUCAAUGAUUCACCCAAGUGUUCCAGCCAUCAUGGUGACACCUAUAUGCCCACAUUCUUUGUCUUUCAGGCCAAUAGUAGUACCAGCUGGCGUUGAAUUAAAAAUAACAGUUUCACCAAAUAGCCGCAAUACGGCCUGGGUUUCAUUUGACGGUCGUAAUCGGCAAGAAAUAUCUCAUGGUGAUAGCUUACGAGUAACUACAUCUAUAUUUUCGUUACCGUCAAUAUGUGCUCAAGACCAAAUAACUGAUUGGUUCGAUUCACUAGCUGAAUGUCUACAUUGGAAUGUGCGAAAACGACAGAAGCAUUUUGAGGAAUUGUCUGAUCUGGCACAUUCUAAGUAUGAAGAUUCACUAAAUUCAACGUCAAAAGACACUUUAUUAGUUACGGACUAACAGGGUAUAAUUGAAGUUCAAUGUUAACCAACAGAUACCUUAUCCUUAAGUUGAUAAGCACAUAUACUAUCAUCGGUGCUUACAAAUGGAUUUCAAAUAUGUGCAAAAUAAAUUUUUUAUUAUUAUUAUUAUUAUUAUUAUUAUUGUUUUGUAAGUACCUGUAGAAGGUAUACAUUUAUGUGUUUCUGCUGCUCGUGAUUAAAAUCAUCUAUUUAUCAUUUAAUUAUAGUUUCUGUAUUGAAGCUGUAGUUUGACAAAUAAAUAUUAUGUAUUUAUAUUAUAUUAUCGGUGAAGUAGGUGUAUUUUAAUCGAUAAUAAUCAGUUAUAUGCAGAACAACAUAAAUAUUAUAGUCAUUAAAUAAAAAUGUAAGUUUUUAAUAUAAGAGUAAUUAAUUUUUGGUUAUUAGAGUGCUCCAAUUUGGUUUUAUUACCCAUGUAUACAAUUUCUUCCAUUUUUAAGAUUUUAAAUUGUAAUUUGUUUUUGAUAUUUUUAAG